AUGGCAACAUUAGCCCAGCAGCUAAAUCCCACUCCAAUACAACAGUCCGAAAAUGAACCAUCUGUUAUCGAAAACAAAAUUAUUGCAUCAAUAUCUCCCGGUGAAGAUACGGAUAAGCUUUCUGAUCUAUCGGAACCUCAUGAAGGUUCCACAACCAGUACAAAAGGUUCAUCAUCAUUUUCAGCUUGGUAUCAUCGAAUUGCUCCAUUGGUCCGUAAUAAGCAAGUACGAGCGCUUUCAGUUAUUAAUUGUAUUCUGACAAUAAUUAAUUUAUUUAUCAUAUUACUAAUUAUUGCAAGUUGUUUUUGGUUAUUAGCGCUCAAAAUUAAGCAUAGUCAGUUGCUUCAACAAGAUAUGCCAUGCUUUUAUGAAUUUAAACCAUGGUCACAAUGUUCGGCAACUUGUUGGGCUGAUGGUCAACCGAUGCCAAUUAUGGAACGUGUAAUAGAUGAGAAAAAAUUGGUAAUGAAACGUGGAAAAACUUACGCGGACUGUCCAUCAAAUAUUAAAGAGAAUUUUGUACAGAAAGCACCAUGUAAUUUACAACGAUGUCCAUUAAAACUUAGUUCUUUCACAAAUUGGACCGAAUGUGUCUAUAAGAAUCCUGAAUUGCGAAAAGCAGGAGGAUGCUAUCAGAUGCGUAUUCUACCACUUGAAGAUCGUCUAAUUUACGUGGAUACAUCAGACCUUACAAGGGAUUGCCCAAAUAAGCGAUGUCCUGAUUAUAUUCCCUAA